GAGGGAUGCCCCUUCAUAGUCUGCAUGACCUAUGCUUUCCAAACCCCUGAGAAACUAUGCUUUAUCCUUGACCUAAUGAAUGGUGGCGAUCUGCAUUAUCACCUGACGCAGCACAAUGUCUUCAGUGAGUCUGAAGUACGGUUUUACGCUGCAGAGGUGAUCCUCGGUUUGGAACACAUGCACAAUCGCUUCAUCGUCUAUCGGGAUUUGAAGCCUGCAAACAUCCUGCUGGAUGAGUAUGGCCACGUGCGAAUCAGCGACCUUGGAUUGGCUUGUGACUUCUUGCGAAAGCGGCCACACGCCAGCGUUGGUACCCACGGUUACAUGGCGCCGGAGGUGCUACAACGUGGACGGUCCUAUGAUUCCUCCGCCGACUGGUUUUCUCUCGGUUGCAUGCUUUACAAACUCCUCCGUGGGCACAGUCCUUUUAGGCAUCACAAAGUGCGCGACAAGCACGAAAUCGACCGCAUGACCAUGACCAUGGUGAGUGCUGUGCCACUCAACUCUCCAGUCUGGCGCGCUGUACCACCACCAAACAUUCUGAGGAGGCGGGUUCACGCUAGUUGUUGCAAGUUGGCCAUUUGCAAUUUUUGUCCCCUCAUAUCUGAUCUCGCAGCGUCGUGUGUUUUGGAGUCAAUCAUAAAGCGUGCGCUUCAUGAUAUAGAACUUCCCGAAGAUCUCUCUCCAGAAAUGUACAGCCUCCUCUCAAAACUUCUGGCCCGAGAUGUUGAUUGCCGUUUAGGCUGCAUGGGUCGUGGGUAUGUCCACCAAGAUCCUAAAAAGUUGUUAUUUUGUGUCCGACUCUUUAAUUUACAUUUAAACCUCUUGCGGGAGUAA